AUGCAGGUGGGGAUGCUCCGCUGGCAGUGCGCCGGCUGCUGAAGGAUGGACCAGCUCAGCGCUGUGGUCGCUUGCAGGCCGGCGACCUCGUGCUUCACAUCAAUGGAGAGUCAACUCAGGGCCUCACUCACGUUGAGGUCGUGGAUCGCAUUCGUAGAGGUGGCCCCCGGCUUUGCCUUGUGCUUAGCAGGCCUCCUGAAACCCACCCUGGCAAGCCUGAGGUGGUGGGAAGGCCCCAGAAAGAAGAUGUCCUGCCAUCCCCAGAUCGCAUUCCAGAUCCUGGGGAACCAGAGAUGACGAAGACUCGCAGCGCCAGCACUUCCUCCCCACUUCAGCACCCACGACCCCGUACGACCCCUGAAAACCGGGGCAGCCAGGAGCCUCGCCCAGAAGGGGCGGCCGACGGCCCCGCGGUUCCUGCUGCAGAGCGCCGCACGGAGGACCCCAACGACCAAACUCCGGAUUCUCCCGGACCCUGGCUGACGCCCAGCGAGGAACGGCUCUCGCGGGCCCUAGGGGUCCCGGGGGCCGAGCAGCUCGCCCUGGAGAUGGCAGCCGGAAGGCGGAGGCACUGAGCUUGCACCGGAAGGCUCACUUGGCAUUUCCCAACCUACAUCUGGCGUGCUCCCCCUGCCGCUCACUUAGCAUCACUGGGAGAACUUCCUUGGUCUUGUUCCCGCCCCCCCAUCCUGCUUCGUAGUCGACCCGCCCGCGCUCCCCUCGCGGCGUCAGUGGUAUGGCCCUUACCAACCGGCCAGCCCGGCGCUUCUUGUUUCGGGGCCGGGGAGGUAAUAAAAUGGUUCAAUCCAG